AUGUUUAUGUUGAUGUUGAUGUUUGUAAUGAUUUAUAUAUUAGUAGUAGAAGUUGUUUACCUUGUUCUUUCUUGUUUGACUGGUCUCUUUUUCUCUUCACAAAUCUCUUGCUUUUUGUCGUGUUUAAUUGUACAACUUUUUAUUGUUCAAAUGGAAAAAUUAUCGCGACUUUGUUACUCCUCCUCCUCCUCCUCCUCCUCCUCCUUUUCCUCCUUUUUGUCUUCCCCCAAUUAUCAAUCAGACCACCAGGAAUCUACAAAUAGAUAUCAAAUACACAAAAAAAAACUGUAUAUAUAUAUAUAUAUAUAUAGAUUGAUAAUAACAAGUAAUAUAUUUAUAAAAACAAUUGUGUAA